GCGCCUGGCCGCGGCAGCGCCACGCCCGUGACCUCUCAACCUCUCCGGCCGAUGCCCAACGGUGCCACGCCUGUGGCCGCCCAUCCGCGCCGACCGCCGGAUUCUCCGCGCAACAACGCCCCAGAAGCAGCCCCGACCAUCAAGCAGUGUACGAUUCCCCGCGAACAUGGCGCUUCAUCUCCAGCGCGCAUCCUAGUGCGGCCCGUCGGCUCGCAUCAGAUGUGCUAGCCCGGCCAUCGGCCGCGUCGAGCACACCGCGACACAAGGCGACCUUGGAUGUAUGGCAUGGCGGGGUGGACACCAACGGCCGUGCCCGCAUCUGCGGCCUUCCUCGGCACAACCGUCUACGACGGCGGUGCUUUCACAGUGCAACGACGCCCGCUACCAAUAAGGGUCGUCGGCCUGGUUCCGCCCAUCCAACGCGCAGCACGACGAGUUCAUCGAGCGCGUGGCACGCUACAGCACGUAGCGCGAUGGCGGGGCCUUGCCCUCCCGGCUGACAGGACGGCCGGCAAGGCGGCGCAGCGCCCCGAGGUCGCGGACCUCCAUUGGGAGGCAGCGCAGUGCCCCAAGCAGCGUCCAGCGGACGACAACGGCUAAUGGCCGGCACCCAGCGUGAAGACAACCCAUGGGGAAGCACGACGGCCUCCAAUCGGAGACGUGGUGUUCCUUCUAAAUUCUCCAAGAUGGGGAUUUCUUCUGCACGCAGCCAAAGCGAACCGAAUCUCGUUCGUGGUCGUGGCUGUACAGAGAAUGACGAGAGCAUCUUAUCUCUUCGUAUACUUCACAUUUUAGCACUUCUCGUUACCCUUAAUGGCAUAUAAGUUCUAUAACUAGCAUAUAGGCCCACAGGCUUUAU